UCUUUUGGUAAAACCCUAGGCGGCUUCUCUCAUAUAAUCGCAGCCGAUACAGAGCUUCUAGCUGCUCUUUAGGGUUUUCGCACUCUGCCCCCUGAACCUUUCCCUCUGAACCUUUCCCUCUGAUUAUCUCCGUAGCAAUCUCGUAUCCUUGCAACCAUGUCGAAGAAGAAGACUAGAGAGCCAAAGGAAGAAAAUGUGACACUUGGACCUGCAGUGAGGGAGGGUGAGCAUGUAUUUGGAGUGGCCCACAUCUUUGCGUCAUUCAAUGACACAUUCAUUCAUGUGACUGAUCUCUCUGGAAGAGAAACCCUUGUUCGAAUAACAGGAGGCAUGAAGGUGAAAGCCGACAGAGAUGAAUCUUCACCAUAUGCUGCCAUGCUUGCAGCACAGGAUGUUUCGCAGAGAUGCAAGGAACUUGGUAUUACUGCUCUACAUAUUAAGCUCCGUGCUACUGGUGGGAACAAAACAAAAACACCAGGUCCAGGUGCACAGUCUGCCCUUCGUGCUCUUGCUCGUUCUGGAAUGAAAAUUGGUCGCAUAGAGGACGUGACUCCAAUUCCUACUGAUAGCACUCGCAGAAAGGGUGGUAGAAGAGGGAGAAGGCUGUAAGCUUGUGUUUUUCAAGCCAUUAUGGCUUGCGUUUUCAUUUUGUGACUAUUCCCAAUUGGAUACUGUUUUGAUCUCAGCUGAAGUUACAUUCCAGUUUUUGGACCAACUUUUUAGCUCUUACAAAUAUGCUAUGCCAAUCAUUUAUGUUGAACUCUUGUAGAAGAAAGAUGUUAUUGAAUAUCAGGAAUUUUUGGUUCAUUUCA